AUGGCAGCCAUAAAAUUUGGCUUUGGUCAAAGUAGAAACUGGAAGGAGUCAACUAUCCAUAACAUGUUUUUAAAGGGCAAAAGGAGUGACAUUGGUGUCCAUGACAACACAGAAGUAGCUGAAUGGGAAUUAAGGCCAGGAGGAAUGGUGGUACAGAAACGUACCUCGGAUGUGAACCAAAAUUCCACAACUAAAUCCACCAUCAAAGUCAGAGUGAAGUAUGACUCAUCCUAUCACCAAAUUCAAAUCAGUUCUCAUGCAAGCUUUGGGGAAUUGAAGAAAAUGUUAACUGAACCGACUGGACUACACGUUCAAGAUCAAAAGUUGAUUUACAAGAAAAAAGAGAGGAAUUCGAAGUCAUAUCUUGAUGUUGAGAAAGUGAAAGAUGGGUCAAAAUUGAUGCUGCUUGUGGACAUUGAGAGCAGAGAAAGACGGAUGCUUGAGAAGUUAAAAACUGCAAAGAAGGAGAAGACUGCGAAGUCCUUGGCAGAAAUAAAGUUCGAGGUUGAUAAACUUGCCAAAAAGGUUGCAACUUUGGAGGUUGAUGGGGUUACAGAAGAGUUAGAUAUAGAAACUUUGACUGAAAAUUUGAUGAGAACAUUGAUUGCAUUGGAUGAAAUUUAUGGUGAGGGAGAACUAAAACUGCAACAAAGAGAGCAGGAGAGUUCAAACACACAUUCAGACUCUAGAUAUGUUGAAGAUGAGAAGGGAGAAAUCAAUUUCUCUUACAAAUGA